AUGCAGGCAGCCUGGCUCCUUGGGGCCCUGGUGGUCCCCCAGCUCCUGGGUUUCGGCCACGGGGCGCGGGGAGCCGAGAGGGAGUGGGAGGGGGGCUGGGGGGGCGCCCAGGAGGAGGAGCGAGAGAGAGAGGCCCUGAUGCUGAAGCAUUUACAGGAGUCCCUGGGGCUGCCCACUGCGCGGGGGGACGACAGUCUUGAGGGGACCCCGGAAGACAAAGGGGCCUGGGAGACGGAGGAGGGCCCGCAGGGGGAGGAGGAGGAAGAAGAGGAAGCCACGCCAACCCCCUCCCCCAGCCCCAGCCCCUCUCCCACCCCGGAGGACGCCAUUACUUACAUCCUGGGCCGCCUGGCCGGCCUGGACACGGGCCUGCACCAGCUGCACGUCCGCCUGCACGUGCUGGACACCCGCGUGGUGGAGCUGACCAAGGGGCUGCGGCAGCUGCGGGAGGCGGUGGGCGACGCCCGCGACGCCGUGCAGGUCCUGCAGGAGGCGCAGGGCCGCGCGGAGCGCGAGCGCGGCCGCUUGGAGGGCUGCCUGAAGGGGCUGCGCCUGGGCCACAAGUGCUUCCUGCUCUCGCGCGACUUCGAGGCGCAGGCGGCUGCGCAGGCGCGGUGCGUGGCUCGGGGCGGAAGCCUCGCGCAGCCGGCGGACCGCCAGCAGAUGGAGGCGCUCGCUCGCUACCUGCGCGGGGCGCUGGCUCCCUACAACUGGCCCGUGUGGCUGGGCGUGCACGACCGGCGCGCCGAGGGCCUCUACCUCUUCGAGAACGGCCAGCGCGUGACCUUCUUCGCCUGGCACCGCGCGCCGGACCCCGAGCCGGGCAGCCAGCCCAGCGCCGCGCCGCACCCGCUCAGCCCCAACCAGCCCAACGGCGGCGCGCUCGAGAACUGCGUGGCUCAGGCCUCGGACGACGGCUCCUGGUGGGACCACGACUGCGAGCGGCGCCUCUACUACGUCUGCGAGUUCCCCUUCUAG